UGACAUAUCGGUAUCUCGUGACCUAUGACGACAUAGUGGUCGAUCUACAGGCUCAGCGUAUAUAACGCUCAAACCGUUUGUUCACCGAACAGAAGCUCCACCCAUCACAGCUUGAAAUGCAAGAUGUUUUGCCCCGUGGGGUCCUGUCCGGGCAUCAAGUGUCAUCCCCUCCUGUUGUACGUAUCAAUCAUUGUCAUCAUAUCCGUGACGGCGUACCUCAACGUGUCCAGCUUCAAGUUCGGUUACCAUAGCAACGACCUUGGUGGCGUAGGCCAAGCGGCCGUCUCCGACGUGGUAGGUGAUUUUAACCCCGUCGUGUGCAACACCUACAACGUGACGUCGUCGAAUCCGAUGAACGUUUUCCUUGUGAAAGGAACGGCCAGAAUAGAACGUGGUAACAUUUCUACACUGACAAGACAAGCAGCUGAUUUAUUCCCUGGCAUUUUCGUGAAUAGGAAUUCCUUCUACCUUCUGGAAGGUUCAAAGAUGAAACUGACAGCGUGUAUUGACAGCGGAAGCAAGGAUAAAAAUGUCCAGAUUAUUGUGCUCAAGGGAACUAACUCCUGGAACGCCUGGACGUUAGGCGGGUGUAAUGGCUGUUCAUUGCGCGUAAUUCCCUUGAGAACAGAAUGUAAAGACGGGAAUUUAAUAUUUCAGUAUAAUGUCGUAAGCAGAGACACAUACUAUGUCACGAUCACGAAGGAUAACGAUCACUCUGUUACCUCCCUUGACGUUACUGCGGAACUGGUAGUGAACCGCACGAUCUUUGACACCAGUCAUGCGCAGCAGGUAUGUCUCUCGGCAACAAAAUGUGUCCUGGAUUUGACUGCCGGUAACAGCGAAGAUGUUAUCAUAGAGUCUGACGACCUGCUGUCCUUCGGUACAGAGUGUGGGCAGCGUCUUGUGUUCUGGUUUGGAGUUUUUGCCGUGUUGCCUCUGGGUCUGGUCAUCGUGGGCGUCUUGGUUUUCCUCUCCUGUCGUAAAAAGAAAGAACCUGCCAAAAAUACAAGGGGAGGUAACUCCGCGUUUGAUGACACCACUAAAUUAGUUCAGGAAGACCAGCCUUUCGGAUACAACUCUGUUAUUAAAACAGCCAACGUUCAAAUAUCAUGAUUCGAAGGAAUAUUAAAAGCUGGGACCCUGCUUUGGAAAUGUU